CCUUCUAAACAAACUAAGUGCUGCAGGAGAUGUUGAUGCAGUAAUUUCUUUGACCAGUACCUUGAUGAGAACCAAAGGAGAAACAUGUCAUACAAUAAUAGGUUGUGUAAUGCCUACAUGAAUGCUGGACGUGCAGAGGAGUUUCUUGAAGAAUUAUCUGCCUUAGCUGAUAAAACUGAUGUCAAUGUUGUCAAUAUAAAGGCCAAAUUCCCAGCUGGUGGUAUAAUGGGCAUUCUUCAACACAAGGCAGAGCUUUUGCCCAAAGUAUCUGCAUUAGUUGAAAAAUAUGCAAAUAUUGGAAUCAUCACUCCAGCUAAUUGCUUAUGGAUGCAUUACUUCAAAGAAGAACAAUUCACAGAAGCCAAAGAGGUAUAUGACAAGUAUCUGGCAAAAUCUGAAGAUAACUUGAUGUUCGCCUCAAUCAACCAGAAAGCUCGUGAUGCAAGUAAUGUAAAUUUAUUGCCGCCUCUUCUGGAAAUCUUGAACAGUCGGCCCAAUACUCCUCAGGCUGCGAAAGGGAUUCUUUACAGCUGUUGGGUAGAUGUUCUAACUGCACAACAGAAAUAUGAUGAAGCACUGGGUGUAGUUGAAGGAAGUUUGAAGUCCAUCAGUCUGCAGAACAUUAACACAACUGCUUUAAAUAGAUUGAAAGAAGGGCUGGCGUCAUCCAAUAAAACAUUCCCGUACACAAUUCCCCAAAAGGAGGCAAGGAAGAAUCGUCAAAAUGUCAGUAGCAUAGCAGCAGCAGCAGCAGUAGUAGUGAUAAUGAAGGAAAGCCCUGAGAUGUUUAGUGGUUUCUAUGUAUUUUGUACAUUUGUUGAAAUGUUGAUGGUUUUUGCAUUGUAGGUAUUAAGUUAAUUUAUCAUUUUAAUUGUAUAUAUAUACUGUAUAUGAAUAAUGCAAUCAAUAUGGUUUGCAAUAUGUUACAAUUUACCUUGUAGUGUCCAGCUUGUAAUAAGGAUUGGCAGAUUUAUCAGAAAAUAUCCAUGUGUAAAAUUUACUAGUUUAGAAGGUGAAUAUGUAAAUAUUUAAUUCAAUAAAGAUAUUCCCAGUAUAGAAGAUAAAUGUAAAUAUUUAAUUCAAUAAAGAUAUCCCAGUAGAAAUCCCCCACUUCUUCUCCCAAUAUAUUGUGAAAACUUCAAGAUUGCAUUAUGUACAAUUUCCCUUGUAGUGUCCACCUUGUAAUUAGGAUUGGGAGAGAUAUCAGAAAAUACUUGUGUAAAAUUUACUAGUUUAGAAGGCGAGUAUGUAAAUAUUUAAUUCAAUAAUGAUAUCCCCAGUAUAGAAGAUAAAUAUGUAAAUAUUUAAUAAAGAUGUCCCAGU